AAUGCUGCACUAAGAUUCUGUUCCCACUUAUUCCAAAUAGACCAAAACAACUUCCUUUGUAGACUGACCUUUUGUGUUACAGCACAUUUCUCAAAAACUGCCCAGUUACUGAGUAACAGCCUCUCCAAGCGCUGAACUUCAGGAAGUAAAGAGAGCAGAUAAAUCUGUGAUUAAUUCAAGUACUGCUUGUUUGCUGACGCUCCUCGUUUAUCAAAGCUAUGCUCUCAUGUCUCUCUCUCUCAGCCCGUCUUUCCUGUAAAUGUGGAUGCUCCUCCUCUUCAGUGCUGGUCACAGGUACAUACCUCAGGACUGGCUGGCAGUCAGAGGCCUCUCUCUUUCCCUCUCUGGCUUAUCUUCUUCCUCUUCAUUGUGUCAUCAUUUCACACUGGGGAUGGUGGGAACAACCCCAACAUACUGCCCUCUGGAUCUGUCUCUUGGUUUUCCCUGGAUACAGUUUUUUUAAGAACAUACAGAGGAAGAUCGUGAGGAAGGAUGAAUCGCUCGUGUGUGAACUUUUGCAAAACUACGGUGGUCAAUCUCAACUUUCUGUGCUGGCUGUGUGGAGCGUUUGUGGUGGCUUUCGGGGAGUUCCAGGUGAUUCACUCCAGGUACGCCUCCCUCGUCACCACCUUCUGGCCCAUCUACCCAGCCAACACUCUGGUGGUGACCGGUACCAUCGUGACCUGUGUGUGUUAUGUGGGAGUGUUAGGGGGCAUGAGGGAGAACCGCUGCAUGCUCAUCAGUUUCUACAUCUUGAUGGUCACCCUGAUGCUUGUGGAGCUGGCCAUGGCCCUUGUGUUCCUGGUCUACAGCAGAGAGAUUGACACAUACUUUGAGAGAGAUCUGAUGCAAAGCCUGGAGAUCUACAGACAGUCCAGUCCAGAAGGCAACAAGACCAUUAAAGAUGACUUUGAUGCUGUCCAGCACGUGUUUAGGUGUUGUGGAGUUCAUGGAGAGGCAGACUGGAAGGGUAACACCCCGAUCUCCUGCUGUUCCAAGGACCCAUGUAACAGCGCUUUCCCCACCAACUGGCAAGAGGGAUGUGUUGACAAACUGAAGAACUGGUUUGCCAGUAACUAUCUGAGCACAGGUGCAGGUGUUGUCACAAUGUUUAUCAUACAGUUUAUUUGUCUGUCCAUCACCGUCCCACUAUUUUGCCACUUCAAGAGACGUGGACUGGGUUACCAGUGAAAAGGAGCCAAAAACCCCAACCCCAACCCCAACACGGUCUCAGCAGAUGUGUGUCUAACAUGAGUCUGGUCCUGCUGGAGGUUUCUGCCUGUUAAAGGAAGUUUGUC